AGAGGUAACUAUUUUUAAGAUGGCUGACAUGUGAUGUUAGCGUCCAUGUGAAAAUUUCUCUUUUUCUCUCUUUGCUACACUAUGGAUACGAAAUAGACAAAGUCAAAACUGUUUAUUAUUUGCACCAUAACUGAUCCACGGCAAUCUCUUGUUUAAAGCCUAACUAUACUUAGUUUUUUGAGGUAUUUGCAUGCAAAUCAGUCUGUGCUAUAAAUAGCCAUUGUUGAGGUGCUUUCAUUUGCCGAAGUACUGGAAGAUGAAUACUCCAAAUAUGACUCCUCCUGCACCACCACCAUCAUCAAACGGAUCGCCGGCAAAUAUGAAAGCGCAAAUUGAGGUGAUACCAUGUAAAGUCUGCGGAGAUAAGUCUUCCGGCGUUCAUUACGGAGUAAUUACUUGUGAAGGGUGUAAAGUGAGUUUUGUUUAUUAUUUCUGGCGUUGCAUCUCUCCAAAUUCUCGUCUAAAUGCAGGGAUUCUUUCGGCGAAGUCAAGCGGGUCCCAUAAAUUAUCAAUGCCCGAGAAAUAAAAACUGUGUGAUAGAUAGAGUAAACAGAAACCGAUGCCAGUAUUGCAGACUGCAGAAAUGUAUAGCACUUGGAAUGUCGCGUGAUGCUGUAAAAUUUGGAAGAAUGUCGAAAAAACAACGAGAACGCGUCGAGGAUGAAGCAAAUCAAAUUCGUAUGCGAUCUUCAUCAAAUAAUAUCAGUUCCCCAAACGGGCUUCCCGAUUAUUCAAACAUUACGUCUAUCAGCCAAUCGGGGAAUAACAACGACUUUUACACGGGCGCUUCAUACACCCAGUUAACUAUGACUCCAACAAAUGGUGCUUUUAUAGCCUAUCAACCCGGCCAUCAGCCAAUCACAUAUGCCUCUCCUGCGCCUAAUGACGGCGAACAAGUUUCCUCCGAAGCGGUUACUUUUCAGCAAACUCAGUGUAUAAAACCUGAACAGAUGGACUUGAGUGUCCUGGAGAAAUGCUUGCUCGAUGCCCAUACGCGAACAUCAUUAUUAACCGAAGAUAUAGAGAAAAUAAAACGAAACACGAACACAACCGUUCUUCGUGACGUCAAAUUAUUAGAUCAUGCUCAAUUAUGGGCUGAAAUUGCCGAGAAAUUAACUAGUGCUGUUCAGCAAAUAAUUGAAUUCGCCAAAAUGGUGCCGACAUUUAUGAACUUUUUGCAGGAUGAUCAAAUUAUGCUACUUAAAGGAGGAAGUUUUGAAAUAGCUUUGUUGCGCUUAAGUAGAGCCUAUGAUGUCACAUCAAAUUCCGUUAUAUUUGGCGAAGCUUUUGUCCCUCUGGACUGUUUUGAGAGUUUAACGAAACGAGAAAAAGAUGUUAUGAAGAAGAUAUUUACCUUCGCAAAAGAUAUAAUAUCAUUGAACCUAACGGAAAGUGAAUUGGCAAUUGUCUGUGCUCUGGUUCUUGUUGAAUCUGAUCGCCCUGGAGUAAAAGACAGUAAAGCUAUUGAACAUUUGAAUAUCCAAUUGCAAUUGGCACUUCGAGCAGCCUUGUCUUCUUCUCAUCCGAACGAAGAGGAUCGAAUAAUGGAACGUUUGAAGGAAUAUUAUAAAAAAUUACACGAACUUUCCGCCUUACAUAUUGAAAUGUUAGACUUUUUUAAAACUGAAAAUCCGGAAAUAGAUUUCCCUGCUUUGCAUAAAGAACUUUUUAGUCCAGAAGGUUUGGAUUGACCGUAUUAUUACUCUUAGGCUGAAUAAAGGGCAAGAUUAGCUGUAACAAGACAAAGAACUAUGAAAAUUUGCCAUUUCUUACAGUUUCAUACGUGUAAAUACAUACUACUCUAUCGUACUGUAUGUGUAUAUAUACAUUACAUAUAUAUUAUGUUAUACAUUUAACAUAUAUGCGUCGAAUUAUACGUGUGUGUGUGAUUGCGAAAGUUUAUACAUAUACAAGUUUGUUAUGAAUUUUAUUUUUGUGUUCUUAUGUCGAUGCAUUUAAAUUGAAUAUCUUUCAAGUAGAUGUACAUUCAUAUACUGUUUAUGUAUAGUCCUUAUACAUACCUGUAUAUAUGUAUUAUAUUUGAAAGACAAUCAUUUGUCGUCGAUUAGGUUUAAGUUUUUUGUUAAUUGCUACUAUUUUAUAUUGUAGGCGGAAUAUUCAUGCUGCAUGCAAGAAAGUGGUAUAUUGUUAAAUGGACAUCUAUAACAAAUAUAGAUAUUUAACAAUAUUUGAGGAAGUAUACAUAAAAAAUGUAUAUAAUUCUAUUCGUGCUUACUAAUAGUUUCAACUAUGACAUAAGCUGAAUGAUAUAAAAAUAUAUAUCGAU